UAAGUGACCUUCAGACGGUUUUUACUGAGUCACGUUUUGUGUUGUUUGACUGUGUUUUUCUCUGUCAUGGACGUUGAAUUAAAAGAAAAACAAAAUGUAUUAGUCCUCUGGUCAGGGAAUCAUCCUCCUAAGGAUAUUGAAGAAGUCAUAGGACAUUAUAAUAAGAUGGUUGGACAAGGCGGAAAAGUUUCGUUGGAACACUCUGACAGACUACACAUGGCUUCUCAUGGUGGUUCAAGCUUUGAUGUUGUUUUGUCUGGAGUGAUGAUUGAUUCAACACAAGUACAUACUAUGGAGUUAUUAACAGAAAUUGCUAGAAUACUCAAGCCAAAUGGAAAGCUGCUACUCAGGGAAUGUGUUGGAGCCUCGGAAGGAAAAAGGUCUCCAGAGAAAAUAGUGUCUUCUAUGAAGCUGUCUGGAUUUAUUGACGUUUCUGAGCCCAAAGAUAUGUCAUCAAUUGUUGAGAUAUCUUGUCUGAAGCCAAACUUUGAAGUUGGUGCCACUUCUCAACUAUCAUUUUCUUUUGCUUCAAAACCAGCUCAGCCAAAGGUUGACAAUAAUGCUGCAAAAAUAUGGACCUUGUCAGCUCAAGAUAUUGAUGAUAAAGAAGUCGAUCUAGUGGAUACAGAUGCUCUGUUGGAUGAAGAYGAUCUAAAGAAACCUGAUCCACUGUCUUUGAAAAGUGAUUGUGGCACAAAUAAAAUUGGUAAAAAGAAGGCAUGUAAAAACUGUACUUGUGGUCUUGCUGAGGAACUUGAKGGAGGCAAACCAACAGCCACMAARACAGUUACAUCAUCCUGYGGAAGUUGUUACCUUGGCGAUGCCUUCAGAUGCUCUACCUGUCCUUACCUUGGUAUGCCAGCUUUCAAACCUGGUGAGAAAAUUGCACUUACRGACAGACAGCUAAAAGGUGAYAUCCAGUAGGRRAAUURUCACGUAUUAGRCAUGAAAUAUUAUAGGUAUCCUGAACCUGCUACUCAGUCAAAGUUCAGUACUUUUGGUAAUCAUAGAUAGUAUGUAGAUUCUAUCACUGACUUUACCUCAGUUUGCUCUCUGUAGUUGGACUUAACCAACAGAUCAUGUAGUCUACAUCCUCAGGAACCCAGACGUAAUCUUCUGUCGUUGAGGAACGAACGACAGAAGAUUACCCAUUCCUGAGGAUGUGUAGUCUAGUGUAAGAAAGGUUUAAAARUUUGCACUUUUUGAAUGUAAAAUAUUUAUGUUCUCUUUGCAUUUUGAUGGUCUCUGUACAAGAAUGAUUUUCAUACUGCUCUAAUUAUUUAUAUCAAAGAAUAUGUUGACCUCAAUAUAUAUGAAUCCAUUGCUUACAUGCUGAAAAUAUCACCAUUUUAAAUAUAGUCUGCGUUAGGACUAAGCGGGGCUGACAACUCUCUUUUUUGUGAGGAAGGGUAGGGAGGGUGAGCACUCCAGAAAAUAUAMAGAAAUUGUCAUACAACGAUCACAAGGCAUAAAAUGACUGGAAUGGGCWGCCCUACAAAGUYCUGAUGUAAUUAUUCUACCAAAUAACCUCAACUGCACAUAAAAUUAUGAGAAGGUUUAGAUAACAUUGAUAGAACAUAGAAAGGGAUUUUCAUAAUAAGUAUAUUGCAUAUUACAGUAUUACAGUAUCAUUGUAUUUUUAUUGUACAAACUYAUUGGGAAAUUGAUUGAAGCUAAAAAACUGCAUUAAUAAACAAAUAGCAAAAUCGGCUUUCUUAUUGGGCUGUGGAAUAAAUCACAAGCUCACAAUCUUCAUUAAUUUGUAAAAUAGAAUUCAGUGAAAUAACUCUUACUGAUUAAAAAUGUUCURUCAAA